AGGAGAGUUGCGAGGCAAAACGGCUGGUCACAUGAGCAGAGAUCUGUUUACAAACCCAAGGCAGAGCAGAGCAAGGGGGAGGAAGGGAAGGCGGAUUGCAGGUUCUCUCUGAGCACCAUUAAGGAUUGGGAAGGGAAGAGGGGAAGUCUGCCAUGACCAAGCCAGCUGGAGGUGGGGGAGACUGAAAACGACACACGCACACACACGCCACCUUUGUUUCUUAUUUCUUUUUCUCAUUGAAGAAGCAGAUGGUUGGAGGGAGAGUAGGAUCUCCCCCUCCUCCGCUAUGCACACACACAUGCACUGACUGACACACAAACACGCACUUAACAGCAAAAUACCAAACCCAGCUAGAGGACUGUCGUGGAUUGCAUGGAGCUGUCCUCACUUUGUUUGGGCUUUGAGGGAAAAACACCUUUGCCUUCAAUACUGAAGAGGAAUAUCCACUGCAAGAUCAGAGGUCUGGAGGAGGAGACAACAGACAAGAGAGGAGGGGGAUGAGAUCUGUGAAAAUCCUCGGUUAAAAAAAGCAGCUUUGGGAGAAGACAAAGCACAGACUAAUGCCAGAUAAUUACCUCCACUGGACGAGAACUGUCAUUUUGAACAGUGGAUGUCAUUGAGUUUGGUGAAGGGACGACACUGCAGGCAAAGUGAAGUCAAAGGGGCACUUUUCUGCUGGUAAUGAGCACAUGAGGGCUCCAGUUCUGGUCCAAACCCCAGAUCUCCCAGUCCUUACACAGAAUGGUUAAUCCAGAUUUGGGAACAGACUGCUGAGCCAAAAAAACCCCCACCACUUUUGGAGGAUUUUAUGGAAUCUGAGCAAAUGUAAAAAUCUUGAUGGUUGUUUUUUGGAGAAGCUAACGCAACCCAAAAAAAGAGAGAAGCAACGCAAGGGUGACUGAAUCCAGCUCUGCGAACAGAGUGAGCGUCCAGAGCACUGGCCCACGAGCUUGGCUCUUAUCCAGCCUUCUCCUGACAGAGCCUGAAUUUACUGCUGCUGUCCUGAGAGUCACAUUUCAUGCAACCAUUCCAAUGGUGUAACGGAUGCCUGUGUGGUUUGGCUUCUCAGCGUUCUGAACACUACUGCAGCAUGACGUCUGACAUCUAUCACCUCCCGCUCAACGUGUAUGUCAUCGUGCUGGGCAUCGGCCUUUUUGUCUUUAUGCUCAGCCUCAUCUUCUGCUGCUACCUUUUUAGGUUGAAACAACAAGGAACAAGGGAGCAGUUCAGCUACAAUGAGGUGGUGCUGAAGGGAGCAAGCAAGAAGCUGAGCCUUCUAGGACAAACCUGUGCAGUGUGUCUGGAAGAAUUCAGGACCAGAGAUGAACUGGGAGUGUGCCCAUGCUCACAUGCAUUUCACAAGAAGUGCCUGCUAAAGUGGCUGGAGAUCCGCAGCGUGUGCCCCAUGUGUAACAAGCCCAUUCUCCGGCUCCACACCGACACCCCCCAGGGUGCUGAAGGUCCCAUGAACCCAGAGGAGGUGUGAGGGAAAUCUGGAAAGAGGAAACGCAGCUUCCCCUUACAGAAAACACAUGUUAAAUACACUAAUGAUGACAGACAGCGAUCAUAUGUAAGACAUCUCACAGGAAAUGUUAAUAAUGAUCCCAAGCGGCCGCCUUGCUGCUGACCUUCCAGCAAUAUGCCUUGGUGAGAAUUGGAUACUGUCAGCACCAAAAUGAUUCGGUCAGAGCAGUCAAGGAGUGGGUGUACGAAUAGGAUCUUUUCAUAAGAAUGCUCUUAGUUCUACUUCCAUAUUGCACUAUUCACCAAAAACAUGACAGGAAAAGGAGCCACCUUAGCAAGCAGGAUAUCAUUGCCACCGUCACUGGACAACUAGUGUAGCACUGCCAGGGACAAACAACACUACAGGCAUUGAGCAGGGUGUCAAAGUACAGGAUCAGUAUGGAUACCUCUAAUAUCUCAGGGGUGUUACCAAUACAGCCAGCACAAACCAUGUCAGUCACCCUAUACCCCUGUGCCACACAUGCAUCUUCAGUACUGCCAACAUAGGUGAAACACUCCAAUAGUCAGAGGUAGCUGAAACCUCUGGCUGAAACCAAGACCAGCGGGAUUACAACCAUGGUGAUUUAAGUAGAAAAUAUUGCUUCCGAUUGUGUCCCAGACCCUUUCCUUUGAAAAACAGACUGAUAGCAAACUAGUCUUGCCUGUAUGUAUUGUAUGUAGACGUGUCCCUCUCUAUAUAUAUAUUGUUAUUUUGUAUUUGUUGC